CGGGGCGGGGCGGGGCCGUUCCCGUGGGUCAGUGCGCAGGCGCGGCGGCGGUGACGGGGACAGUGACUGUGGGGCUGACGGAGGACAAAGUAAGACAUGGCAGAAGCAGUUUUUCACCCCCCAAGAAGGAAAAGAAGAGUUUUUGAGUCCUACGAGGCUCCUUUUCCUGUUGAUGUAGGGGGAAAGGAUUUCAGACUCUGCCAAGCUGAGAUCAUUAACAACAAUGUGAUUGUCAGGAACCCUGAGGAUAUUGAACAGCUCUACAACAAGGGCUAUUUUGGAAAAGGGAUCCUUUCCAGGAGCCGGCCAGUGUUCAGCAUUUCAGACCCUCUGCUGGCGGCCAAGUGGAGAGGUGUUAACACAAACAUGCCCAUAAUUACAUCUCAAAAGUACCAGCGCCGUGUGCAGUGGGCCCAAAGUGUCCUGCAGGAGCAGGGCCUCGACAGCUGCUCUGUCACCAAAAUCCUGGAGAGUUACACCAAACCCCUGGGGCUGCCCUUCUGCAGAGGGGCUGGGGCUGAACACAGCUGCAGCAGAGGGGGCCCAGGCCCGGGAAAUGCAGAACUGUGCAGAAGAUCUGCUGGCAGGGAGGGAGCCCAAAGUCCUGAGGGGCACAGCCAGCACCCCGAGGAGGGAGGAGAUGCAGCCCUGGAUCCUGGGAGUGGCUCCAGGGACCAGGAACAGGGGGAUUCCAGGGAAAUGGCUGAAGGGUCCUGCCACAGGGACCCUCCUGUGCUCUGUGGCUACGAGGGGAAGCAGAGCCCUGAGCAGAGGGCUUGGGAGGGGAUGGACUCCAGGGAAUGUGCUCCAGAAUAUGUGCUGGUGGAAGAGGAGGAAGAAGGCAGCUCCUGUCCUGAAGAUGGCUCCACUCAUGCACAAGAGAACCUUGUGAAGAAGGAAGUAUUAGUAUGCAGAAAAAACCCAUUUAGGAUUUUUGAGUACUUACAACUCAGCUUGGAAGAGGCUUUUUUCUUGGUGUAUGCUCUGGGAUGCUUAAGUAUUUAUUAUGGAGAGGAGCCCCUGAGCAUCGUGAAGCUGUGGGAAGUGUUCAGUGAGGUGAAGCCUGAUUUCAAAACCACCUACAUGGCCUACCACUACUUCAGGGGCAAGGGCUGGGUGCCCAAGGUGGGGCUGAAGUAUGGCACGGAUCUCUGUGAGUACCUCCCCAAAAAUGGGAUAAUUUCCUUCUCACCCCUCCUUCAGGCAAGGCAGAACUGCAGAUAGGAAUUCAGUGAGGAGCUGCAGGACUGGAGCAGCCUUUGCUGCUUUCAGUUGGCAAAGGACAUUUGGGGCUAGCAGUGAAGUUGGGAUGUGAGUGGAAAGGAACAUCCCAUAGCCAGGAGGUGAAGAGACAGCUCAGAAGGUCUGGUUUGCUUCAUGAGGUUCAUAAUUCCUACAGGAUUCCACUGAAAUUCCCUUCCCAGCUUUCUCUGUCCUCUACUAAACACACCUCCAAAUUAAUGGGUUUGAAUCCAGAUCCCAAUCCACAUUAAAGUUCAUGAACCUCAUUCAUCCCAUUUAAGAAAAGCCAGACAUCUGCUGAACCCACUGCUAGGAUUGUUUCUUUGUGUGGGCUUUUUGGGGGAGCUAGAGAAUGGACUUGGCCUUUGUAUUAUUGGUUGGGGGUUUAAUAUUAUGGAAGUAAUUAGUGGUGUCCUUGCUAAGGAAAUCCAGAAGUCCAUUUAGCUUGUUUCAACAUGAGCAGUGCAGUAAUGCCUGUUAUUACAGGAGACCAUGCAUUAAAGUCAGGUGUUUUGGAUGUGUGCAACCCAGCAGGUGUUUUAAUGCUGCUGAAGUGGUUGGUGACACGGUUUGGGGAUGUGUUGAGCAAGUCCUUUGGGUCAGUGUGUAGCUCUGGCUGAAUUCAUCAUCCCUGCCAAAAAAUUCCAUCCUCAACUCGUUCCUACAACAAUUGCUAAUUCCUCUGGUUCCUCUGCCUUACCUUUGACUUGCCACUGCCCUGCCCUGAGUCACUCUGCUGCUCUUCCCUCUCUCCACUUGCUGGGACAACCUAAUUCUGAGCAGAAUUGAGAAGAGUUGAAGUUUUGUCUCAUGUAAUUAAAAUUUACAGAACAUUUGCCAAUGUUGAUGGGCUUUGGUAUUAAACCCAU